AUGGACACUAAUCCAACUUCACGGCGUGCUCCCGAGCCCGGGAUGUUUGCAAGAUUCGCUAGUCGCCGCAGUGUGGUGUACAGCACGGAAGGCAUGGUGGCAUCAACACAACCACUAGCGUCCGUAGCCGGCCGCCAGAUAUUGCAGGCCGGCGGGAACGCUGCCGAUGCAGCAGUUGCCGUCGCGGCGGCUCUGAACGUCACUGAGCCGUGCUCGACUGGGAUUGGUGGUGAUAUGUUCUGUCUUUUCUGGCACGCAAGCACCCGAAAGGUGCACGCGUUGAACGGAUCAGGUCGAAGUCCGCAGCAAGCGAAUCAGCCUCUGUCAGUGACUGUGCCUGGCGCUGCUGCUGGCUGGGUUGACACAAUCGAGAAGUUCGGGAGUGGAAAGCUCAGUCUUGCCGACAUUCUGCAGCCGGCCAUCAAGCUAGCACGAAAGGGCUUUCCCGUCAGCGAAAGCGCAGCGUUCAGGUGGCGGAACUCUGAGUCGAACCUGAAGCUCGCGUCACCAAACUCGAACGAGAUGCUGAAACGUGACGUCGAUGGCUCAUAUCGUGCACCAGGUGCCGGUGAGAUUCUCAGGAACCCUGCGCUCGCUGAGACAUUCGAGACUCUCGCGAAGCAAGGUAAAAGUGGGUUCUACGAAGGACGCAUUGCCCAGUCCAUUGUCGAGAUCAUCCAGAGUGAAGGCGGUUUCAUGCAGUUAUCCGAUCUUGCGAACCAUGCCAAGCUAGGUACAGAGGAGGUCGAGCCAAUAUCGCUCAAGUACUACAUUGACAAUUCGAACGGCCAGGAUCAUGUUGAGCUGUGGGAGAAUCCACCCAAUGGACAAGGUCUUGUUGCUCUUAUGACUCUUGGUAUUCUGCAACGACUUCAAGAACAAGAGAAAGUGCCCAAAUUUUCGCGAGACGAUCACAAUACUGUGCCAUACCUCCAUGCGCUUAUCGAAGCCCUCGAGAUAGCCUUCGCAGAUGGUGCAUGGUGGAUCACUGACCUAGAGCAUAGUCCUGUGGCGCCCAAUAAGCUGCUCUCCAAGGCAUACCUUGAUGAACGCGCGGGACUCUUCGAUCCAACCAAAGCGCAAUCUCACUGUCAUGGCCAGCCUGGCCCGAGCCCGGCACACAACCACAGCGACACAGUCUACUUCGCCGUGGCAGACGCCAACGGUAAUGCGAUAAGCUUCAUAAAUUCCAACUACGACGGUUUCGGGUCGCACAUCAUUCCCAAGGGGUGCGGAUUCACUUUGCAGAAUCGGGCAAGUAACUUCAACAUGGCCCCAGAUAACCAUCCAAACAUAUACGCACCAGGAAAGCGGCCAUAUCAUACAAUCAUUCCCGGCUUGACGACGAUCGGCGACGGCAAGGAUCGCAAGCUGCAUUCGGUCUAUGGUGUUAUGGGCGGCUUCAUGCAGCCACAAGGUCAUGUGCAAGUGUUGUUGAAUCAGGUCAUCUUUGGUAUGAAUCCGCAAGAAGCUCUGGACGCGCCCAGAAUUUGCAUCAGCGCAGGCACUGACACUGGUGCUGCGACCGGAGAUGUCUUCGUUGAGGAUGGCAUUGGCGACGAUGUGGUUCAAGAACUGCAGAAGAUGGGUCACAAGACGAAGGUCUUGACUGGCUGGGCACGAUCGAAGUUCGGGAGAGGGCAAGUGAUCACGCAGGACUGGGACGAGGCAGCACAGAUGAUGGUCUAUGCCGGUGGGAGCGACUUGAGGGGCGACGGAGCUGCCAUUCCUCUAUGA